CGAUUUAUUAACUGUUGUCUCUUUAGCAACUAUCGAUGUUAUCAAACUACUAAGCUAGUUGCUUUUAUUACAUUUCAUUUCUCAAGUGUUUCAUGGUUUAUCCAUGUUCAAUCUCAUUCUGAUAGUAUCAGGUCUGGUGAAAAUAACGUUGAUCUAUUACGUAUACAUUCAAUUAUGUGAUUAUUUAAAUUAUAAUUCAAUAAGUGACCCAUAAAAGUAAGACGGAGCUGUCAAUGCUCAAGUGCUCAUAAUGACGAGUCCAUUUUCGUAUUACAAUCCUGCUUCACCAUUUAAUUUUGACCAGCCACCUGUCACACCGUUAGUUCCUGUAUCAAACAACUAUGAUCAUGAGCCGUCUGAUACCAACACACAGUUUAAUGAUGAUGAAGGUCCCGAUAGUCCAGUUGAAAUUGAAAAGCAUCAAAAUCGUGCUUCAAAUAACGAUAAUACCAGUUCUAAUAGCGAAUCUAGUUCACAAUCUAGCGACGAAAGUUCUUCUAAUAACGAUUCUGAAAGUGAAGAGGAAGAUGGAACUAUAAGCCGCCAACCAGAAGUUGAAACUUCACAUGCAUCGAGAGGAAAAAGUUCAACACCGAUAAAGUUUGUGGUUACAAAAAACGAUGAAAAAUUUUAUCCAAGAUCAGAAUAUGAAAAACCUCCCUUGUUUCAAGUCGACGAAAGCGAAUACGGUCAAUACGCGAAUGGAUUAGCUUUUCAAGACUUUGAGCCUAGUGACUCACGUUAUCAUUGUUACAAAGUAAUUUUUGAAGAUAAUUGUGCAAAGAACUCUUUCAGUUUAUCCGAUGAAGAUGAACGAAUCAUUAAAUAUUCCGACAUUGAAAAAAAGAAAAUGAUCUCGAUCGCUGAUAUCCUUCAGAAUGAAGAGUCGCUCUUCUGCAAAUCACAAUACAGUGCCAAAAUUUCUAAUCAAAAUACUGAUGGAAUAAGCUUUUCAGUUUACAAUCAUUACGCUGAUCCGAUAAGUCAUGUGCUCUUAUUGGGUCUUGUGCCAAAGCAUUAUGUUGACGCCACCAAACAGUUUAUUGAAUUUGGAAAAGAGGCAAUUAAGAAUAAAUUGAGAGAAAAAAGUGCCGACCCGAGAGACGUUGAGAAAUUUCGCCUGUCCAACACAACAACUGAUAAUGUCGAAUAUUAUGGGCCAUUUUUCGAUGGACAAUUGGAAAUUUUUGUUUUUCUUUAUUACACUCUGGAAACACAAGAUCUUGUCAAUUACCAGCCGCCAGUAAAUUCAUUGGAAUUUAAACAGUUUUUAUGCUUUUUGCUCGAUAAAAUCAAUUUUGAUGGAACAAAAGAGUUUGAUCGAAACUUAAAAUGCGAUAUAUUACGCUAUGGACGAUUCCCGAGAAAACAAUCACCCGACAAGAGGAAUAAAAGACGCUCGUUCCCAGAAGAUUUGGAAAUUUCUUUACCUUUGCUUUGUCUGAUAAAAAGGAAUUAUCACGAAAUUCUCGCUCGUACUCAUAAAAAGUAUCAUAAACAUUGGCAUUCUUUCAUGCAAAAGCUUGCACUUCAUCAUUACAAAUGUCCUCACACAUACAUCAAAAUCAUCGAAAAGUUCAAUUCAUUUACAGACCUUCUAGAUGUUUAUGAACGGAUUUGUGUUAAAGAUUCAUUCAGAUCAGUUGGUGUUUCUAAUACUGAUAUUAAAGAUAUAUUGAAACAGUAUCUAGAGUCAAGCGAUGUGAUACCAGAAAAGUUUAACCAUGAAAUUAAUAAUUUACUGGAUGCUUUUUGCAAGCACUUUGCUACCUAUCUGUUUGAAAAUAAUCACUACCGACCAUUAGAAGCUGAAACGAUCAAUUCUUACCUUCGCAAACAUGAUAUUUGGCCAAAAACAAGAGUCAAUUUGAUUGUCGAACCUGUAAAAAGAUUUAUUGGAGAAGUGAAAAAACAUUUGAUUGAGAAUGUUAAAUUUUUGGCCCUUUUGCAUGACAAAAGUUUUGGCCAAUUUAAAAUACCAACGGUAAACAAGUUAUGUUCUUGUGUUCACAGGAUUUUAACAAACGCAUUUAGUUUCGAUUUCUUAAAAUCAGCAGAAAAUUCUGAUAUCAAUUGGAAACAGCUAGAAGAAUCAGUUACCGAUUUCAGAUUAUCUAAUUUCAGAAACGUUCACCCAGUAUUUGCAGAGAAACAAUGUAACACUCGUGAAUCACCUAUCAAGAACAAUAUCGUGAAAGAAAUAACGAGCGAAAAAUCAAAGCAUCUCGAACAAACCAGAAAGAUUAUCCAAAGUGACAUGUCAUCGAGCAAGCAAUCAUCUUCCGUUGUGUCAUCAUUUAUGAAAACCUGUAAAAGACGCAAAAGGAGACGAAAAUCGAAGUCGUAUCCACAGUUUAUCAACCAUUUCCAUGGACCAACGAAGUUCAUUUUCAAAUAAAAUUGUCUAUUUUGUGUUCAUAUUGUAUUAUUCAGGUUCAAAAUUCAAGAC